UUUCAGAACCAGUGUUCCCCCUGCUGAAGCCCAUCUCUCUCUCCCAUCUCUCGCUCUAGCACCCUUGCUACAAAACCACAAGAGGCCAACCACCUGCGCCGCUAGCUGCAGCCAGAGGCAUGCGGUGAUGGAGUUCACGGGGCCGGAGCACGCCGCCGGGACGCCCCCCGGGACGCGCUCGCCCUCCGACGCCUCCUCGGGGAACAGCGGCGAGGCGAGGUACCGCGAGUGCCUGCGCAACCACGCCGCGGCGCAGGGCGGGCACGCCGUGGACGGCUGCGGGGAGUUCAUGCCCUCCAGCGCCCACGACCUGCUCAGGUGCGCCGCCUGCGGGUGCCAUCGCAGCUUCCACCGCAGGGACGACGGGCAGCAGCAGCAGCACCCCCGCCUCUUCCUCCCUGCGCCCGGCGCCACGUCGACGACGCCGACGCCGCGCGUGCCGCUGCUCAUGCCACCGCCGCAGCAGCAUCACCACCCCUACGCGGCCGGUCACCCACAGGCGCCGCCGUUCGCGUACAACCCCCACCACCAGCACUACCAACGCACACCCAGCGGCGGUGGCACGACGACCGAGUCGUCCAGCGAGGAGCCCGACCCGGGACCGCCCUCGACGUCGGCUCCAGGGCAGGGGCACGGGCAGGCGCAGCGGCGGAAGCGGUUCCGGACGAGGUUCACGGCGGAGCAGAGGGAGCAGAUGCUGGCGCUGGCAGAGCGGGUGGGGUGGCGGAUGCUGAAACAAGACGAGGCCCUGGUGGAGCAGCUGUGCGCGCAGGCCGGCGUGCGGCGGCAGGUCUUCAAGGUCUGGAUGCACAACAACAAGCACCACAGGAGGCAGCCAGAGUCCCAACAGCAGCAACAAAAACAGUAGGGUGCCCGUAGCCAUGGGAGGGGACAGGCUCACGAAUCCCCACAUCAUUAUUUUUGUACUUCCGACAGGGGAAGAGGGAUGAAUUAAACAGGGAGAGUGAAGUGAAGUGAAACCAGGGGCUCUCUCUGAUCUUCAUCAUGUCUCCUAAUCUUACUUCCUGUUCUUGAUCAUGGUUCAUGAUCCUUUGCUUGGUUUAACUGGAUUCCUUUU